AUGUUAGAAAAAGUGCUGGCAAAAAUCCAAAAGAAUCCUCCUUCCCAAGAGAAUACUAAAAUGGAAGCUUCUAUUAUGCUUGAGAUUGAGGAAAUUGAAUCCAGACAAAACUCUAUUUGGAGACGACAAUCAAGAGAAUUGUGGCUAUCCAAAGGUGAUAGGAACUUUAAGUUUUUUCAUGCCUUUAUGGUGAUUCGUAGGAAGCGCAAUUUCAUAUGGGCUAUCAAAAAUGAUAAUGGAAUCUGGCUGGAGAACAGACCAAUUAUAGAUGGAAACUUUUGUGAGAAAUUUGGAAAGGUUUUUGAAUCCUCGCAGCUGAAAAUUCCAGAUGAAUUUUUGAUCUCUUUCCAACUUCGAUUACUGAUGAGGAAAAUCAGUUUCUUGCUGUUAUUCCUCCAACAGAAGAAAUUAGGAAAGUGUUAUAAGAUCAUUUCGAAGCUUUUGGCUUAUAGACUUCGGAAGGUACUUUACAGAUUGAUCUCUCUUAAUCACUCAGCCUUUGUCAAGGAAAGAUGGACUGCAGAAAAUGCUAUUAUCGCUCAAGAAGUGAUAAACUAUCUUCAUAACAAAAAGGGAAGGAAAGCCUAUUUUGGUGUUAACUGUGAUAUGUCAAAAGUUUAUGAUCGCUUGGAGUGGAAUUUUAUUAAAGCGGUUUUGAAGGCUAAUGGUUUCGAUUAUGCUUUUAUCACUCUUGUUAUGGCCUGCAUUAAAUCAGUCAAAUUUCAGAUUCUUUUAAAUGGAGGUCCCAUAAAGACCUUCUAUCCAAGAUGA